GUCAAUUUUCACCAAAUCAAACAUCGAAUACAUUCCACAAAAGUGUAAAAGUUUUUAAAAAUGUACAAGAAUACGUUGUCCAAAAAAUGUAGUUCAAGUGUAAGCUUAAGCCGUUUUUUUUCUCACAAUGGAAAAACUGUUUAACUUUUAUUUUAAAAUUCCUGUUCUAAUUUAAAAAAAAAAACAACAACAAAAAAAGAUUAAAUUUUUCCAAACAACAAUGUUUAAAUUCAAAUUGUUUACAUUCAAACGUUCAGUAUCGCGAAAACGUUCAAAUGGCGCUAGUGACAACUCAAAAACAAAUCGUGUAAUGACGUUAGGUUGGCAGCGCUGUCAUUCAACUGAAAUUCAUAUUUCAACCGUCAUCUGAUGUGAAGCGUGCAAAAAAUUGUUCAUUCGACUAGAGUCAUUGAAUAUUCAUUGCAAUUUGUGUUCAACUAGCAUUUAUUUCGGGUAUAUUUUGUAAUUGUGUUUCGUGAACGUCUGAUAGCCAAUAAACCCAAUUCAAAAGAUAAGAAAGUCAUAAACACAAUCAGUGCAAAACAGAAAGUAGAGACGCUGUAUGUUCGGUAGAAUAGUAUACAAAUCAAUUUGAUAGGGCCAAAUAUCCGUGGUGUUGGAUAUUUCUUCCGCAAUUCACAACGAAAAAACCAUUAAAACGGGAAAACAAUAUUAUGCACAUUUGAUUUGCCGAUUGGUUCCUGUUCAAAAGUGAAAGAUUGCAAAAGAAAAAUAGUAAUGGAAUUAUCAUUGGUUGCCAGUUUUGAUGAGCUGAGACGGUGUCAAGACAUUUUGACAGAUGGUACAUCUGAAAUUGAAUUUCGUCGCUUUCUUCAAAUCAUGGAAGAGAGUCGAUUGCAAUGGCAAGCAACAACUGCAGAAGCACAGCGUUUGCAGCGUGAACUAGACAGAUGUGCACAAGAACGCUCGGAUUUCGAAACGAAAUUGUUCCAUGCACGCCGAUUAUUGGAGACGGAAAGCAAAGCACGGCGAGCUGCCGAGGUUGAACGUGAUCAUUUGGAGAAGAAACUGUCCAGAGCAUGUGAAUUUUUGCAUCAUGAUCGCGAGAUCAACGACGAAACUCGCAGCAAAUUAGCUUUUUUGAACAUGUCGGCGCGUAAACGAAAGUCCAAAUCAAAUCGCUACGUUGAGGAUAAAUAUGGCAAUGAAAUCAAUUCAACCGGAUCAUUUUUAUCGGAUUUAUCGGUGACACAAUCAGAAGAAGACUUCCUUGAGGUGUCGAAACCAUUCAAAAAGCAUCGUCCAUCGACGAAUGCCGCAAAUAUAGCGAACACAUCGUAUGCUGAGGCGAAGCAUGCACGCCGUAGUGCACGAAGAAGCAUGGAUUUGCGACACAAGAAAAACACAAGUGUAAUCGAACUGGAUGGAUCGGAUAAAAUCGUGGCCACCACAAAAGUUUCAAUUCCACAAGGUGACGGUCCAAUUGAAGCCACUUCAACAAUCGAAGCCGUCCCAAGUCCAGCGCUCUACAGUCAAUUUAAUCGAAUUGAUCAUGCAGAACAGCCGUACUCACAAGUCGGCAAAGACGAUAAGAAAUUGCCGGACAGUGCAAUGGUAACGCCACAACGACACUCGAUGAAGCAUACCGAAGAGUAUCCAAUGCCGAGUGCCCCACCAUUGCAAGAAGUCACCAACAAUCCGAAAUUGCUACUGAAUUUGCAAGGCCGUCAACACGAAUUCUCAAGCCGAACCGUGCUACGAUCAGAAUCAUGCGCUUACUGCUUGAAAAAGUUCCGCUUUGGUGCAUCAGCCCUAAAGUGUCGUUUGUGCAGUGUGUAUUUGCAUCAAGACUGCAAGAUUCAAUUUGCAAUGGCAUGCAUUCCGAAGAGUCAAGGAACGCCCGGAUUCAAGAAUGGCAAACAAGGUUAUAUUACGGACUAUGUUCCAGCUGAAAGCCCAAUGCUUCCACCACUCAUUGUGCAUUGUGUGAAUGAGGUUGAAACUCGUGGUUUAUCGGAAGAAGGAAUCUAUCGUGUAUCUGGUUCGGAAAAGGAAAUCAAGGCACUUAAAGAGCGUAUCUUACGGGGGAAAUCACUUCCAAACUUGACAAACUAUGACAUUCAUGUAGUUUGCGGCUGCAUCAAAGACUUUUUACGUGGAUUGAAAGAGCCACUCAUUCCGACUGCCUUGUGGAAGAACUUUUCCAACGCAGUUCAAACCGUUGACGAGGCAACAGGCGUCCGUGAAUUGUUUGCAGCAAUCAAUCAGCUGCCACAGGCCAAUCGUGACACGCUUGCCUACUUGGUCAUGCACUUACAGCGUGUCGCAACAUGUAAGGCCAUCAAAAUGCCAUUAGAAAACUUGGCCAAGAUAUUCGGCCCAACAGUUUUGGGUUAUUCAAGCGCUGAUCCCGAUCAACAUGCCAUUUUCACUGAAACAAUGAUUCAAAGAGAUGUGAUGAUUCAUUUGCUAGAAAUCCCAACGGAUUACUGGUCCAGAUUUAUCAAUGUUGAAACAACGACAGAUACAGACAGUCAGAAGAUUUCAGGCUAUUCCUACUUUGGUACACCGAAUGCUCGUGUAACCAACACUACAUUGCGCAAGGAGCGUAAAUUCUUUGCCACACCGCCAUAUAGUACAACCAGUCGACGUUAAGAAAUUGUCCUUAAAGUAUACUUAAUCAAAACAUGAAUGCAGUAUUUAGUUAUCAAGUAUCAAUGGGCGUCGUAGCGCCAAUUUAUUCUAUACGUAAUGCCUGAAUCGUGAGUAGCACAUCCGAUACAGAGUUGUGUUUUUCAUUCGUUCGUCGUAUACACACAGUAUUGUUUUUUCUUGUGAAUUUUUAUCACCAAAUUAACACGUUUUCAGUCAAAAAAUUAAAAAAAAAUUGAACUAAAAAUAAAAAAUAUAUGAACGGCUCUAGUUCAAAACACAAUAUUCGAGAAUGAAAAUAAAGUUGCGAAACGUUUAUUUUCCAUGCAAAUUUAAUCGACAAAUAUAAGAAUUAAAAUAAUCAAGGUUAGAAUAAUGGUUAACCAGAAGAGAAACCAGAUUUUCCACUGAAAUGAAAACGAAAAAAAAAUGUUUAUGUUUACAAAGAACCUAGUAAAAUUGAAAUAAAUGCACUAUAAAUUUGAUUUACUUUCA